CAUUCCACACACUCUUCCGGACAGCCAGGCACAGUGAAGUUCUUCUGUAUAAGAGUCUGAGUUCUCCAUAAGAGGCCCCUAAAGAGCAACACAGAGCAAAGGGUGGCCUGGGCUGCAAAGGCAAGCACCCACCCUAAAGAAGAUUCAGGCUACAGCAGGGUUGGCACCCAAGGCAAAAGAAAGGAUUGAAGGUGCAACCCAGAAGAGAGAAGGAGGGAGAGAGCAGAACACCCGGGAACUAAUCAGGGCAGCCAAAAAGGAGGAACACGGAGAACUAAGAAAGGAGAAGAGGUUGAACUGGCAGAACUGUGAAGACGAGAAGAAGGAGAGCAGACCUGCACCAUGAGCAGCUCAAACUAUGAAAAGCUCGAUGCAAAUAUGGCUACCACUCAGAAUCCGCCCCCGUACUCUGAAAAACAGCCCUAUGCAGAGCCGGAUCCACUGAAACCUCCUGCUGACCCAGCACCUCACAUGGCCUAUGGGGCAAUGCCCGCUGUGCCGCCCCACUACCAACCUUACUAUGGCCCACCUGGCACAGAAGCCAGCCAAGGUCCAGUUCUUCAACCUCAACAGGCCAUCUUCAUCACCCCUGUACAGCCCACCAAUGUACCCGACUACCUGGCUUACUCCAUCUUUACCAUGCUUUGUUGUUGCCUACCCCUGGGUAUUGCUUCCUUGGUCUACUCUAUACAGACAAGAGAAGCUAACCUUGCUGGAAAUGCCGUGGCAGCUCAGAGAAACUCCCGGCUGGCGCGCAUCUUUGCCCACAGUGCACUUGGGAUAGGGCUGGGGUUCCUUAUUCUGUAUAUUAUCAUCAUGGUGAUUGUUUACACCUCAGCAGCUUAAUAACUAUUGCAUAAUCCCUGAUGACGCAGUAUGCAACAGUCAGAUUCUAAAAGACCUUCCCUCACCCCACCCCGAGAGACAAGUGAGAGAAUCCAGCUUUGAUGCCAUCUUCUUUCAUAACCGGAUGUCACGGACUAGAUGAUGGGUGCAUUCAUUCAUAUCACAUGAUUUCCAUACACCAAAUCGCCAGCAGUGGAAUACAUGAGUGCGAAAUGAUACAACUCUGAGCCAAAGUCAGGUGACCUGAAAGUUCUGUUAGCAGGAGUGGAUGGCAUCCAAAGAGGCAGAGGUGAGGAAAGGAGGGGGGAACCCCAGGAUGUCAAAAGGAAAAAACGUAGAUGAUGAAAUUCCAAAUGGAUUUAAUAAAAAAAAUUAAAAGAAAUGUGCCCAACGCAUUUCGGCUAGACAAAUCUCAGCCUUCAUCAGGGGCAAAUGUGGAAUCUAUGAAGUCAUUCAAUAGUCAAAAAAUAUACAAUUGGAGCAAAUAGGCUAUGACUCUACACUUAAAAGUAAAUCUAGAUUUGUCUAGCCGAAAUGCGUUGGGCACAUUUCUUUUUUAAAAAUUUAUUAAAUCCAUUUGGAAUGUCAUCAUCUUCGUUUUUUCCUUUUGACAUCCUGGGGUUCCCCCGUCCUUUCCUCUCCUUGACCUGAAAGUUCUGCCUAGUGAUAGGUUUGCAAUGGCCCAUCUAUGUCAAUGGAUGGGCAGCAUCUCUAGUUCUGCAAUACAUAAAUAUCCCAAACUUGAAACAAUGGAACAGGGAUGGGCAAAUUGAUCGGGACUGGCGGGGGGGGGAGGAGGAGACAUUUUAUUCAGUUUGCAUUUAAAGCCAGGUCUUUCAAAUUUGCACUUUCCAAAAUAAUUUGAGAACUGAAACAGCAGCAGUUCAGCCAAUAGCCUGUCCCUGCCUUCUGUUAUCAUAGGAACAGUUCAGCCAAUCACUAAAAGUUUAAUCACUGCCACAAUUUUUUUAGUGCAUUUCAGUACAGACACUAUCAAUCAUAUAAAUUGUUUUAACUGAGUUUUAAAACCAAGGUGUGAUUCUCUUUCUGAAACACCAAUAAUAUUAAAUGGAGACAAUUAACCAGAUACAAAAUAGGUGAAUCAUCUAUGUAUAAUUUAUUAGCAAAGUGCUUUGUGAACAUACUUUGUGUUUUACCAAAGCCGCCCUCCAUAAAUGUUAAGUAGCAUUGUCAUAAAUGAAUUUAUUGUUUCAAUAGGACUUACUUCUAGGUAAAAGUUUCAGUUUCAGCAUCAUUUAUGGGGCAAUCCUAUACAUGUCUACUCAGAAGUAAGUCCUAUUGAGUUCUUUACUUCCAGGUAAUUAUGUGCAGGAUUAUAACCUUAGUUACUUAAUCCCAUUGGUCACUGCAAAACAGGGGAGCAAAUUUUAGGCUUGUAGUACAGCAGAUCAUAUGCAAUAUACAGAAACCAAAGCACCUAACCAGCUAUAAAAUGAACAUUAAAUUAAAAAAAAAACUAAUAAAGAAACAUCAGAUGACAGGAUGGUCUUUAAAACUCUGAUGCAAGAUCGCCCUCAUAGCUUUAAACCAAAUGUUGUGUGCUUAAUGAAUUGUGCAUUGCUUAAUAUAGGGCCAAAGAUUAUUUCCAAAGUUACAUAAUCAAAAGAAGCUGUCUGUUUUAUUAAAGAUCUUGGAAAUGC